AUGGCGCACGGAGCUCUCCCACAGACUCUCAAGUCUAUUACUGCCACGAAAAUCAAUGAACUCUCUAAGCAGCGCGCUCUCUUUGACCUACGCAAAACCGAAAUUCUUGCCCAUGCCAAUGCAGCCCCAGAUCUACAAACCCGCGCUCAGGCUUUGCUGGAUGGAAUCUCACGUUUGAAGGGAUACCCCAAAGAUUCGCUCGAUAAAAAUGACGCGGAUCUAGAUGCCGAUUCCUCGGAUGAAGAAACGGAAAAGGAAAAGAAACAAACUUCACGAGGUAUCGGUCGCUGGCAGCUAGGGGAUCAUACCAAUAUGCGCCACUUUCUUCUGCAGAGUCGCUACGACCCAUCCAUUUCACAGAAAGCUCUACAGGAUCGCAUCACUCAACUUGAGAAUGAGUUGCGGUAUCUUGAGAUAAAGCAUGAGCAUGGUGAGUUCUACAGCAAGCUGGUUACAGAGUGGCUGUCGGAAUUGGAUGGGAGCAUCUCUACCGCUGCGGAUGACGCAAGCUUUGAGAAGGCUGGGCGCGCAGAGAUGCGCGAGCAACGGGCGCAAUGGGAGUCCUUAGUUUUUACUCCUGCAACCCACGUCAAUGAAGAUGCAAUCCAGUCUUAUCUCAAUGAUCUUUUCACCAAGUCCAAGCUUUCUCAGCAGGCACUCAAGGACCUCCGAGCAAGUAUUCAGUCGUUUGGAACGGAACUAUCUUCAAGCGAUCGGUGGUUCGAUGUAGAUACACUCGACUGGGUCUCUAAAGCAUUGCUCAAGACUGAUCUUCUUGGUGACGAAAAGCGUGGGAUUUUGAAAGAUUGCAUGCGGAACGAAGAGGUUGCCCAGGAGAUAGCUGACGUGCUCAACAUGCGCAUUGCCUCACUCGACAGCUGGACCUGGACUGAUGCUGCAGGCGGUAUCUCUGUUGAAUUUCGCCGUCAACUCAACGGUAAAUACCGAGCUUUCAUGGACGAAGACCUUCUCGACGCCCUGCUACUACAGUACCUCGGGACAACGUGGGCCGUGAAGCUGCGGGAGGUAUUUGAGGCAUUUCUACGUUCCAACGCCUGGACGAAUCCGCAUGAGGAUAUCCCAGAAGACCACAAAGAAAUGCGCAAGUACUUUCUUGGUCGAGAUGCCAACUCGGAAUCUGGCAAGGUCAACAAAAAUCGCAGACAGACAUACACUAAUGAUUAUUUCAUGAGCCAACUGCCCACUUCAACCGAUGAAGGUACAAUUCUGUAUGAUGAGGAAAAUUCUGAAUCAAGGAAUGUUCUGGAUACGAAGCACUCCCUACUCCAUCUUCUGAUCACAGAAUCCAUUAUCCAUAAACACCAGCAUGGAGAAUUCACUGCCAUCCGCUCGGACUUUGAAUGGUUUGGCCCUUCAAUGCCUCAUGUCACUCUGCUUGCUGUGCUAAGGUUUUUUGGAGUUUCCGAAUCAUGGCUCAAAUUCUUCGUCGUGUUCCUGGAAGCCCCACUCAAAUUUGCCCAAGAUGGACCUGAUGCCUUUGUCAAAGUUCGCAGGCGUGGCCUUCCAAUGAGUCAUACACUCGGUGAUUGCUUCGGAGAGUCAGUGCUCUUCUGUAUGGAUUACGCAGUCAAUAAAGCUACAGAUGGCGCUUUCUUGUACCGGCUUCAUGAUGACUUCUGGUUUUGGGGAGCAGAGAAUACUUGCGUCAAAGCUUGGGAGGCAAUGGAGGAGUUUACUCAGGUGAUGGGUCUGAAGUUUAAUCAACAGAAAACUGGAACAGUGCGAAUGGGCGCGAAGAAGACCUCGACAGAGUCGACAGGGUCCGUCCUUCCCACCGGUGAUAUCCGCUGGGGCUUCCUAGUUUUGGACGAGGAGCAAGAAAGAUUCAUAAUUGACCAAGCUCAAGUUGAUACGCAUAUUGAAGAGCUUUCACGGCAGCUUUCGUCCUGCAAAAGUGUAUUCGCUUGGGUACAGGCAUGGAACAGCUACUUUGGCCGCUUCUUUACAAACAACUUUGCAAAACCAGCCAUGUGCUUCGGUCGGGACCAUAUUGAUAUGGCGAUUUCCACUCUGAGUCGCAUUGAGCGCACAUUAUUCUGUAAAGUCUCAGACGACAAAAGCGCAUCCGCUCAAAUCAGUGGUGUCACCGACUACCUACGCAAUGUGAUUGCGGAUAGGUUCGGUAUUCACAAUCUCCCCGACGGAUUCUUCUAUUACCCCGUUGAACUCGGCGGUCUGGAGCUCCUUAAUCCUUACAUUGGUCUUCUCGCCAUGCGUGAAAACAUCAAAUAUACCCCCCAAAAGCUGUUCCGCGAGGCUUCGCUGAAGGACGAGAAGGAAUACGAGGAGGCCAAAGAAAAGUUCAAAAAAGACGGUGCUGAUCCUAGCAGUCAAUUUUGGAGCAAAUGGAGCAAUGAAAAUAAGCCAUUCAUGUCCUUCGAAGACUUCACCCGUUACCCAGAAACAUUCAACGCUUCCCUUGAGGAGGUGUAUGAAGAAUUGACCGAUGUGCCGAUCGAGACGUGCGUGCAAAAAACCGGGGGCUUUGAAAGGGAGCAAAACUCGCUUGGUAAACAGUUCUCCGAGUGCUUUAUCAAUCCUAUGUGGGGCAAAAUGACACCCUACUGGUGCUGGGUGGCGGAGCUGUAUUGUGAGGAGAUGGUUCGUACUUACGGUGGCCUGGCUGCUGUUAAUCGCGGGUUCAUGCCCCUGGGUAUUGUGAAGACCCUCUGCGAGGGUAAAUUCAGAUGGCAGGGCUGA